AUGACGAUGCAGAGAGAGAAAUGGAGUGAAAGAAUGAGAAAUUGUGAAUUUUUGAUGAUGAGCAUUUGCGAAGGAGGAGAAAAUGUUGGGGCAUGCAACACAGAGAAAAGGAGCGAUGGAAACAAUGGUCAUGAAUUGUAUGAGAUGAACAGAGAAAUGUAUGUUGGCGAAGGUGUUGUGGUAGAGUCAAUACAUGUUGAGGAUAAUGAUAUCGUAGCUGUUACUCCGGAGGGGAGAGUAACUGGAUGUAGAAUAGGUGAGCAAGAAGGGUUUGGGGUUGUUCGGGCAUCUUCGGCUUUUAGACAGAAGAAAGUAGGUGAAGAAAGGAAACAGCAUAAUGGGUCAUGGACAUGUGAAUGUUAUGGUAAGCCUGAAAGUAAGAAAAGAGUGAGUGGUUCGAUGUUUGUGACGGAUUCACUGGUUAGUGACGAAACCGGUGUGAAGAAGUCAAAGAAGUGUCAAUGUCCGGCCAUGAUCUAUGCAUUUUUGAAUGAAGAUGAUGAGUGGGUGAUUAGGAGGGUUGUGUUAGAACAUUUAAACCAUGAUCCUACACCAUCAAAGUCCCGACACAUAAGUAUGUAUCGCAAAGAGGAGUUGUCUAAUCAUGUAAGGAGAAAGCUAUUCAAUGAUUAUAACUCAGGAGUGAAGAUACCCCAAAUACAUGAUUGUUUGGCUAGAGAGAGGAAUGGGGUUGAGAAUUGGGUUGUGACGGAGAGAGAUUUGCGCAAUGAAGUGAGCAAGGUUAAGAGGUUGAGACUCAGGGAUGGUGAUGCUAACGCCAUGCUUGAGUAUUUCAAUAAAAUGACUGCAAAUAAUCAGAAUUUCUUCCAUAUGCAUAGGUUGGAUGAGCAUAAUUACUUAAAGGACAUAAUGUGGGUUGAUGCUAGGAGCAGAGUUGCAUAUGAGGAGUUUGGUGAUGUUAUUUGCUUUGACUCUACGUACUUGACGAAUGAAUAUCAGCUUCCAUUUUCUAAUUUUGUUGGUGUAAAUCACCAUGGGCAAAGUAUUCUUCUUGGCUAUAUUCUAGUCUCUCAUGAAAAUACUGAGACGUUUGAGUGGUUAUUUAGGACUUGGCUUAUAUGUAUGGGUGGUAAGUCUCCAGGUGGGAUUUUGACUAACCAAUGUUCAGCAAUGCGCAAAGCGUUGCGGGCAUCGAUGCCUAAUGCUCGUCACCGUUGGUGUCUUUGGCAUAUCACUGAAAUGUUUUGUGCAAAACUUGGAAUGAUUGAGGGGUACGAAUAUUUCAAGGACGAGCUUUUGAAUGCCAUAUACGAUAGCUUGGAACCAGAAGAGUUUGAGGUGAAUUGGAGUGCAGUUAUAUUGAAAUACAAGAAGUUGUCCUCUAAUGAGUGGCUGGCAGGUUUAUAUCGGGAGAGGGAGAUAUGGGUCUCCGCUUACCUAAGGCACAUGUUUUGGGCGGGAAUGAAAACAACACAAAGAGUGGAGAGCAUGAAUAGUUUCUUCGACCGGUAUGUUAAUAAACAUACGAGGUUGUAUGAGUUUGCGGAGCGUUAUUGUGAAGCAAUGGAAGUACGUGCGAACACAAAGAAGCUUGCAGACGCAAAUUCGGGAAGAUAUGUCUGUGAACUAGUGACUGAUUUUGCGGUAGAGAAAGUAUUCCAACGUGUAUACACUAAUUCUAAAUUCAAGGAGGUGCAACGAGAGUGCAAUAGAACAAUAUAUUUAAUGUUCCACAGGAAGAAUGUUAUAUCUGAUAACGUUGUAGAGCAUUUUGUGGAGGAUUGA